AUGUCGUCGGUCCUUUUUCUACUGCCACUCCACUGCACUCAAGUCCAUGGGAACUCUCCCGUCCGCGUGCCGUGGUCCUCUCAGGGCUUUGGGGCCGACGGACCAUGGCCCGCGGUCGAGGUGACUCUCGGUCAGGACCAGUCCGUCAACCUCUUCCCCGGCCGGACUUUCCAGGACCUACAGCCGCGACGAAGGCACGGCUUCUCCGGCGGCAUAGCCUGGACGCCUCGCCCCGACGAGUACAUGCUCGGCAUGGACGUCCAGCCCGUCGGCGGCAUGCUCAGCACCCACCGGAUGUGGCUCGACGCCAUGACGGUUAACGACAGGGCGAGUGCGACCGUCCCCCGUACCAGCCCCGUCCUCGUCGACGGUCUGAUGACCGCGUACCCGGGGGGCCAGUGGUACCCCCUCUCAGCCGGCUGUCUAGGCAUCGGGCCCCCCGGCGCCGUCAACCAGUCCUUCUCCAACGACGGCAGCUAUCCCACCAACGCCAGCCUGGUCCCCGGCGUGUUGUGGGAGCAGGGCGACAUCCCCUCCAACUCGUUCGGCAUGCACAUCGGGUCGGCGUCGAGGCGCGCCGAGGUCGCCGGCUCCCUCCUCUUCGGCGGCUACGACCCCAACCGCGUCGUCGGCCCCGUGCUUGUCGGGGACGGAUCCUUCCAAGACACCAUCACCCUCCGCGACAUCAGCAUCCAGGUCGUCCAGGGCGCUUCGCCCUUCGACCACUUCACCUCCGAGCAGCGGGGGCUCCUGAUACGGGACGACGUGGCCGCCUCGACCAGCGGCCUCCCCGUCCGCGUCGACGGGUGCUCGCCCUACCUCACGCUCCCGAAACCCACCUGCGACGCCAUCGCCGCCCACCUCCCCGUGCGGUACGACGACGCCCUGGGCCUCUACCUCUGGGACCGCGCCUCGCCGCGCUACCCGCUCAUCGUCUCCUCCGCCUCCGUUCUGACCUUCUCCCUCUUCGCCGCCUCCAACACCGACGUCGUCACCAUCCGCAUCCCCUUCGCCCACCUGAACCUGACCCUCACCCCGCCGCUCGCCGACGUCCCGACGCCUUACUUGCCGUGUUUUACGGGGGGGCAGGGCCACCACGUCCUCGGCCGCGCGUUCCUGCAGGACGCCUUCCUGGGCGCGAACUGGCACCGCGAGAAGUGGUUCCUCGCCCAGGCGCCGGGUCCUAACGUGCAGUCUUCCCCGCGGGCGGAACGCAUCGAGGACGAGGCUGAGACGGUGGAGGCGGGGGAUAAUGACUGGGAGACCUCGUGGGAGGGUGCGUGGACUGCUUUGACGGAGGAGGAGGUCGAGAGGUCGAGAGAGUCUGAGGGGGUUAUGCCUGGACGGGAAUCCGAAUCUCCCGUUCCGUUGCCGGAGUCUUCCGAUGGUGUGAACAACGAUGAGGGCGGUGAUGAAUCUGAUGAAUCUGAUGACGAUGACGGCGGCGGCGAUCUUUCGACGGGGGCGUUGGCCGCGAUCGGGACCGGAGCUGCUGUAGGGGCGCUGGUGGUCAUUGGAGGUGGAACGGCCUUGUUCUUCUGGAGGAGAAGACAGAAGACGAAGAAGAAGAAGAAAAGGAGGCAAGGACAAGGUCUUCAGAAUAGUGAGGGACCGAGUUGGCCAGUUAGCUCCAACGAUGUCAAGGGGCCGUUGACCCCGGCGACCGAGUUGCAUGGUUAUAGCCUGCCUCGAGUUCAUCCACGACCGCCGCCUCAAGAAUUGCCUGCAUAG